AAGAGAAGACAGGCAACAGAGAGGAAGAGAGCGAGAGAGAGAAAAAAAUUAAAAAUAAAUAAAUAGCGUAGAAACGACUCAACGAAUCCCAUCCCACAGCAUCCCUAUUUUCUCUCUUCCUUUUUAUUUGCCCCAAUAAUUUUAUUAUUUCCUCAAAAAAGAAAAAAAAUGUUCUCUCUCUCCCGCCUAUAACCAGCAACCUCUCUUUCCUACCAGUCUCGAUCUCAUCGCCUUAGCUUUCGAUUCGAUUUUGUAUAGUAACAACAACAAACCCUCUUUUUAUUUUAUUUCCUUCAUUUUUAUUUCAAGAUGAUGCCCAUUGCUGCACCCUUCAACUAACUCGCUCGUCUUUUGAUCUAGAUUUGCACUAUCUACGAACCUAAGGUUUUCAGGUUUAGUUGGAAAUGGCGAAAGGUAGCAGGGUGAAGCGUAGGUUUGGUUCUCGACAAUAUAGGCAGGCACCUUACUUGUCACCAGCUUAUAAUCAGGAUAUUUCCUCAGACUCGUGCCCAAAGAAAUGCUCCAAAAUUCUGGAUAAGAAAGACUGGGUAGACGUAACUUGUUCUGUUUGCAUGGAGUGCCCACACAAUGCUGUUCUUCUGCUCUGUUCCUCCCAUGAUAAAGGUUGCCGUCCCUACAUGUGUGGAACCAGCUUCCGCUAUUCCAACUGCCUUGACCAGUACAAGAACGCAUACACUAAAAUUAUCUCAUCCACUGGUACCGCUGAGAAUCCAAUCUUGGUCUCCGAUUCCAGCCAGCCUGUUGAGAAGUGUGAAGCCACAGAGCUUGCUUGCCCACUCUGUAGGGGCCAGGUGAAAGGGUGGACUGUGGUAGAACCUGCAAGAGAGUAUCUAAAUGCCAAAAAGAGAAGCUGCAUGCAGGAUGACUGCUCAUUCAUUGGCACUUACAAGGAGUUAAGGAAGCACGUGAAGACAAAUCACCCCUCUGCACGACCACGUGGAGUUGAUCCCAUUCUUGAACAGAAAUGGCGAAGGCUUGAGCGGGAGCGUGAACAUGAUGAUGUAAUCAGCACAAUUCGGUCGACAAUGCCCGGCGCAAUGGUUUUUGGAGAUUAUGUAAUAGAAGGAAGUCAUUAUGGUUUUGAUACAGAUGAAGAUGGGGGUUUCGAUGCAGAUGCCACAGAGAGGAAUGAAGGUUUUGAGGUGGGCUUUGAUCGGAAUCUGGUGAAUGUCUUCCUGCUGUUGCAUGCGUUUGGGCCAACAGGGGAUGAUCACAGCAGACGGCUUAGGCAUCCUGAGAGGACUGACCGUCAAAUGACUGAUGAGAGUGCUGUCAGUUUUCAUCACACUUCUCCUGUUGAAGGGCUGGGUUUGUCCGACGAAGAUGAUGACAAUAACAUCAAUGAUGACAAUGGUGAUGACAGUGGCAUGUCACUUGUUAGCCGCCUUCGUCGACAUGGCAGAAUGCUUUUGGGGCGUUCAGGUAGGAGACGUAGGCGUAGAGAAGGCAUUGGAGGUCAGAGAUGAUUUAAAAUGGGUCUGGAGGAAAACACGUCAUAGGUACAUAGUUUUAGGAAGGGGGGGGGGGGGGGAUUUGAGAAGAUAAAAGGAACAUAAAAGAAUUUGACUGAACAUUGCAUGCAUUUCUCUUUUUCAAUUCCCGGUUUGAGUAGAUUGGCUGGGAAAUACUGGUAGUGGAAAGAAUGUCCUUUUCUUUCCAUAUGUGUAAUCUUUUAGAUGCAAUUUCUUAAUUACCUUCAGUCCGCCUGCCCGGUAGACUGUGAAUAUUCUUCUGUGGAACUACAUGUACUGUCUUCUGUUCUAUAAUAACCUAUGUCAGCAUGUAUUGUCUUUAA